AUGUUGAAAACUAUUCUUAUUGUUAUUAUUUCACUUGGUUUACAAGUGGUAAAUGGAAAUUUAGAACUUGCACUCCAGUCUUUUCUGGCAUCGGCCAAGGCAAAAACUUCAUCACAAAAUAAUUAUGAUGAUGUUAGGAAUUUAUACGAGUUAUACAAAAUACAAUUCAAACGAGAUUUAAAAGCAAAAAGUGAUGAUGACCUUCGUUUUAAAGCAUUUAAUAUGAGAUUGAAUGAAAUUCUUGAUCAUAGUCGACAAGGUAACAAAUCAUAUGCUCUUGGACUUAAUGAUCAUUCUGAUUGGACAGAAGAUGAGUGGAGAAUAUUACAAAGGGGUGCUCGAUUGCCUAAAGGAAACUUUAGUCAUAUGAGUAUGAAAUCGAGUGAUCGUUUAUUAACAUGGCAAGGAAAGUUAUUAGAAGGUGUCAUGAGUGUACCGGCAUCGUAUGACUUGACGAGAAUGGUUGUUUCAGGAACGAAUGUGCCAGUUGUUUUACAAAUAAAAAAUCAAGGACAGUGUGGAUCGUGUUAUUCAUUCGCUUUUAUUUGUUUGCUUGAAUUUCAAUAUGCUAUUCAAUUGAAGCAAAGUGCUAGUUUGAGCGAACAACAGAUUGUUGAUUGUUCAACGGGUGACCAUGGCUGUAAUGGAGGUUGGAUUUCUUCCUCCUUUGGCUAUUUACAAAAUAAUCAAUGGCAAGUCAAUGGUGCCCCAUACUAUCCCUACAGGGCUUCACAAGGCAGUUGUGCAUUUAGAAGUAGUGGAGGUGGUGGAGUGAAAUUUGGAAGACUUGGUUACUGGAAUGCUAUGAAAAGUUCCUCUACUGCUGCUGCUGACAUGCAACAAGCUCUAGUCAGCUAUGGACCUUUGUACGUGGCACUUUUCGUUGGUAAUGACAAUUACAGAAGUGUUUCUACGGUAUUUCAAGGUUACAAAAGUGGUAUUAUUGAUAUAAAUGGAUGUCCAUCUUCAAGUUAUAGUAUAAACCAUGCUGUUGUCAUUAUUGGCUAUGGAGUUGAUUCGGCGACAGGCAUACCUUAUUGGAAAGUGAGAAAUAGUUGGGGAACUUGGUGGGGAGAAAAUGGCUAUUUUAGAAUACGACGUGGUGUGAACAUGUGUGCUAUUGAAUCCGUGCCAUUCUUCAUUGCACAACCUGCCUAA